UUCAGAAGCACCAUGACCUGUGGAUCAGGAUUUGGAGGCCGCGUCUUCAGCUGCGCCUCGGCCUGCGGGCCCCAGCCCGGCCGCUGCUGCAUCACCGCCGCCCCCUACCGCGGCAUCUCCUGCUACCGCGGCCUCCCUGGAGGCUUCGGCAGCCGCAGCGUCUGCGGGGCCUUCCGCGCUGGCUCCUGCGGGCGCAGCUUCGGGUACCGCUCCGGCGGUGUGUGCGGACCCACCCCACCCUGCAUCACCACCGUGUCGGUCAACGAGAGUCUGCUCACGCCCCUCAACCUGGAGAUCGACGCCAAUGCGCAGUGCGUGAAGCACGAGGAGAAGGAGCAGAUCAAGUGCCUCAACAGCAGGUUUGCUGCCUUCAUCGACAAGGUGCGCUUCCUGGAGCAGCAGAACAAGCUGCUGGAGACCAAGUGGCAGUUCUACCAGAACCGCAAGUGCUGCGAGAGCAACCUGGAGCCACUGUUUGAGGGCUACAUUGAGACACUGAGGCGGGAGGCUGAGUGUGUGGAGGCUGACAGCGGAAGGCUGGCCUCAGAGCUCAACCACGUGCAAGAGGUGCUGGAGGGCUACAAGAAGAAGUACGAGGAGGAAGUUUCUCUGAGAGCCACAGCCGAGAAUGAGUUUGUGGUUCUGAAGAAGGACGUGGACUGUGCCUACCUGCGCAAGUCUGACCUGGAGGCCAACUCAGAGGCGCUGACCCAGGAGAUCGACUUCCUGCGGCGAUUGUAUGAAGAGGAGAUCCGCGUUCUCCAUGCCCACAUCUCAGACACCUCGGUGAUCGUCAAGAUGGACAACAACCGGGACCUGAACAUGGACUGCAUUGUCGCUGAGAUCAAGGCUCAGUAUGAUGAUAUCGCCAGCCGCAGCCGGGCAGAGGCUGAGUCCUGGUACCGCACCAAGUGUGAGGAGAUAAAGGCCACAGUGAUCCGGCAUGGAGAGACCCUGCGCCGCACCAGGGAGGAGAUCAACGAGCUGAACCGCAUCAUCCAGAGGCUGACGGCCGAGGUGGAGAACGCCAAGUGCCAGAACACCAAGCUGGAGGCCGCGGUGACCCAGUCAGAGCAGCAGGGCGAGGCAGCCCUCACUGAUGCCCGCUGCAAGCUGGCUAGCCUGGAGGAGGCCCUGCAGAAGGCCAAGCAGGACAUGGCCUGCCUGCUGAAGGAGUACCAGGAGGUGAUGAACUCCAAACUGGGCCUGGACAUCGAGAUCGCCACCUACAGGCGCCUGCUGGAGGGCGAGGAGCACAGACUGUGUGAAGGCGUUGGGGCUGUGAAUGUCUGUGUCAGCAGCUCCCGAGGCGGGGUCGUAUCCGGGGACCUUUGCAUGUCAGGCUCUAGGCCUGUGACUGGCAGUGUCUGCAGCGCCCCAUGCAGCGGGAACCUGGCAGUGAGCACCGGCCUGUGCGCGCCCUGUGGUUCUGCAGCAUCCUGUGGUGUGGGAACCUGUGGAGUCAGCUCCUUUGGUGUGGGGUCCUAUGCCAGCAGCUGCCGGAAAUGUUAG